AUGUUAUGACAUUUACAUCCAAAUCGCAUGUGAGUGACCAUAACCUCACAAUUUCAUCGGUUUUCAUUCACAUGUUGAACAAGUACCGUAGUUUUGAUAAGUGAUAAACAGACCAAAAAUUCGAUAAAAUGAAGACAGUUUCACGUGAACGAAACUUAUUAACAUUUCAUGGGAGCAAUUUCUUGAAGCAACGGCUGAUUUUAUCGAUUCUCAGUGGAAAAUCCGUGCACAUUGUUAAUAUUCGUAGUCAAGACGCUGCACCAGGUUUGCGUGGCUACGAGGUCAGUUUGAUUCGGAUGUUUGACAAAAUUUCCAAUGGUUCUGAGAUUGAUAUCAACAAAAGUGGGACAUCAAUCUUGUUCAAGCCGGGUAUUUUAAAUGGUGGCGUUAUUCAUCAUGAGUGUAACUUGGAACGGGGAAUCGGUUAUUAUUUGGAUGUUUUGCUUGCACUUGGUCCAUUUUGUAAGGUACCAAUCCAUGCCACACUGCGCGGAAUCACAAACAGCAAAGAUUGUCCGUCAGUUGAUCACAUCAAAAGCUCUGCACUGCCGAAUCUCCUGAAAUUUUUAGUCGUUGACGAAGGUCUUGAGUUGAAAAUCAAGCAACGCGGCAUGAGACCAUUGGGUGGCGGUGAAAUCAUAUUCAAAUGUCCAGUACGAAAAACAUUGAGAUCAUUACAAUUCGGAAAACCUGGUAUGAUCAAACGAAUCCGUGGCGUUGCGUAUACAUCGAAAGUGUCACCGGCAUUGGGAAAUCGUGCCAUCGAAGCGGCUAAGGGCAAACUAUUGGAAUUCAUUCCCGAUAUUUAUAUUUAUGCCGAUCAAAACAAAGGCAAAAGCGCCGGCAAUAGCCCUGGAUUUGGGAUCAAUCUAGUCGCUGAAACAACAGAAGGUGUUUUUUAUAGUGCAGAGAACGUGUCGAAUGAUGUAUCGAAGGGUGAAACAGUGACAAUACCCGAAGACCUCGGAGUGAUAGCCGCUUGUAAAUUGUUGGAAGAAAUAUAUCGCGGAGGCUGUGUGGAUUCAACCUUCCAAUGGUUGACCGUGUUGUACAUGGCUUUGGGACAGAAAAAUAUAUCAAAAUUCUUAACUGGGCCACUGUCCGACUACACAAUUCAUUUCCUGCAACAUUUACACGAAUUCUUUGCCAUAACAUUCAAACUAGACAAUCCAAAGCCAGAAGACUAUGGUGGCGUUGAUGAAGAUGACGUUUUGCCCGGUGCAAACAAAGUACUGUUAACGUGUAUCGGUGUUGGAUACACCAACAUGAAUAAACGAACAAAUUAAAAAGCAAUUAAUGCGACCAAAUUA